CGAACGUUUGCCAUUGGUUGUGUGAUCGGGCGAUGGCACCGGCCGGGCUGUCGCGAGCCGGGUGUCCUUGUAGUGGCGAGAGCGGUCGGCUCAGUCUGCGGCGAGGGGAGGAGGUAGAGAGAAGUGUCGGCUGGCUGGCUCUAGCACAGUCCUGGCCGGCGAUUGAAAAAGGCAGCUCUGAUUAUGUUCCAACUAUGUUACUUGUCAAGAAGAUAAAGAGAAACUCAUUCCCCCCGACCCUGCCACAUGCCCAUCACAAAGUCCAGUAAUUUUGCCAAGUAUCGUCUGGCUGUCUCCUAGAUCCAAGGAAGGUUUGGCAAAGCCUGUUCUAGUGUCCUACCUGGCUGAUGUGAAAUAACCUUCCAGAUCUGAGAAAACAAGUUUGAAAAUGCUGUCCAGCCUCUUCCGAAUGCAUGGCCUUUUUGUGGCCUCUCACCCAUGGGAGGUCAUUGUGGGAACAAUAACUCUCACCAUCUGUAUGAUGUCGAUGAAGAUGUUCACUGGCAAUGAUAAAAUCUGUGGCUGGAAUUAUGAAUGCCCCAAAUUUGAAGAAGAUGUUUUGAGCAGUGACAUCAUUAUCCUGACAAUCACACGCUGUAUAGCAAUCCUGUAUAUAUACUUUCAGUUUCAAAAUCUGAGGCAACUUGGAUCAAAAUAUAUUUUAGGUAUUGCUGGCCUCUUCACAAUCUUCUCAAGCUUUGUUUUCAGUACGGUGGUGAUUCAUUUCCUCGAUAAGGAAUUGACAGGCUUGAAUGAAGCUUUACCAUUCUUCUUGCUUCUGAUUGACCUCUCCAGAGCCAGUGCAUUAGCCAAAUUUGCACUCAGUUCCAAUUCACAGGAUGAAGUAAGAGAGAAUAUUUCCCGUGGAAUGGCAAUCUUGGGCCCCACAUUUACACUUGAUGCCCUUGUUGAGUGUCUGGUCAUUGGUGUUGGGACAAUGUCUGGAGUGAGACAGCUUGAAAUAAUGUGCUGUUUUGGCUGCAUGUCUGUCCUUGCUAACUACUUUGUCUUCAUGACCUUCUUUCCUGCAUGUGUGUCCCUGGUACUAGAGCUUUCGCGGGAAAGUCGUGAAGGCCGUCCCAUAUGGCAACUUAGUCAUUUUGCUCGUGUUCUAGAGGAGGAAGAAAACAAGCCUAAUCCUGUAACUCAAAGGGUCAAAAUGAUUAUGUCUCUAGGUUUGGUUCUCGUUCACGCUCACAGUCGCUGGAUAGCAGAACCAUCUGCUCAGAACAGUACAUCAGAAAUUUCGAUGGGACUGGAUGAAAAUGCACCAAAGAGGAUUGAACCUAAUGUUUCUCUGUGGCAGUUCUAUUUUUCCAGAAUGGCCAGUAUGGACAUUGAACAAGUAAUUACACUGGGCUUGGCUUUUCUCCUUGCUGUCAAAUACAUCUUCUUUGAGCAGACAGAGAUGGAAUCCACACUCUCAUUAAAGAACCCUAUAACGUCUCCACUGGUGAUCCAGAAAAAAAAUCCUGAAAACUGCUGCAGAAAACAAUCUAUACCUUUAAACAAUAAUCCCAAACCCAGAAAAGUAGAUGAAGCUCCAGUUACCAAAGAGGGAAAAGAUGAAGCCAUAAAGCCUCUUCUACCAGAGUCCCCAGCCAAGGCCACGUUUGUGGUUGGUAGUUGUGUCUCUGCAGAAAUAUCCUCCUUUAAUAGCAGAAAAGAGCCAGAAACUGAACUUCCUAAAGAGCCACGCUCUGUUGAAGAAUGCCUCUGUAUACUUCAGAAUGGCAAGAUGGGUGCAAAGUUCCUUACUGAUGCUGAGGUCAUUAGUUUAGUCAAUGCAAAGCAUAUUCCUGCUUACAAACUGGAAAGUUUGAUGGAAACUCAGGAACGUGGUGUGUGUAUUCGUAGACAAAUGUUAUCUCAGAAGCUUCCUGAGCCUUCCUCUCUACGGGAUCUUCCUUACAAGCACUACAAUUAUUCUUUGGUAAUGGGUGCCUGCUGUGAAAAUGUGAUUGGAUACAUGCCAAUCCCUGUAGGAGUGGCUGGCCCUCUUCUUCUGGACAAGAAAGAGUUUCAAGUUCCAAUGGCAACAACAGAAGGCUGUCUAGUGGCAAGCACAAAUAGAGGGUGCAGAGCAAUCUGUCUUGGUGGAGGUGCCAGUAGCCGUAUUUUGGCAGAUGGAAUGACUCGAGGGCCUGUGGUAAGACUACCCACUGCCUGUCAGGCUGCAGAAGUGAAGGCUUGGCUUGAGACACCGGAGGGAUUUAAGAUCAUCAAGGGUGCAUUUGACAGCACAAGCAGGUUCGCUCGUCUACAAAGGCUGCAUAUUAGUUUGGCUGGUCGCAAUCUUUAUAUUCGCUUCCAGUCUAGAACAGGUGAUGCAAUGGGAAUGAACAUGAUUUCAAAAGGGACUGAGAAGGCACUUGCAAGGCUGCAAGAAGAGUUUCCUGAUCUUCACAUUCUAGCUAUUAGUGGUAACUACUGUACAGAUAAAAAGCCAGCUGCCAUAAACUGGAUAGAGGGAAGAGGGAAGUCUGUUGUCUGUGAAGCUAUCAUUCCAGCAAAGGUUGUUAAAGAAGUGCUGAAGACUACUACGGAAGCCAUGGUUGAAGUCAAUAUAAACAAGAAUUUGGUUGGCUCUGCAAUGGCUGGCAGCAUAGGUGGCUAUAAUGCUCAUGCAGCAAAUAUUGUCACUGCUAUCUAUAUUGCAUGUGGACAGGAUGCAGCACAGAACAUUGGCAGCUCAAAUUGCAUCACACUGAUGGAACCAACUGGUCCUACCAAUGAAGAUCUGUAUAUCAGUUGCACAAUGCCCUCUAUAGAAAUUGGAACUGUGGGUGGAGGAACCAAUCUGUUGCCACAGCAGGCUUGUUUACAGAUGCUGGGUGUCCAGGGAGCAAGUCUGGUCAACCCUGGGGAAAAUGCCCGUCAGCUUGCCAAAAUUGUGUGUGCUACAGUACUGGCAGGGGAAUUAUCUCUAAUGGCUGCCUUAGCUGCAGGACAUUUGGUCAAAAGCCACAUGAUCCACAACAGGUCAAAAAUCAAUCUACAAGACCUUCAAGGAACAUGUGCCAAAAAGGCUGUUUGAAAAUUGACAAACUUGAAGCAAAACCGUUAUGAAGUAAAAAAUAAACACGUGGUCUGUGAAUUUUAGGAGGAAGAUAAUCUUCAAUACAGUGAAGUGAUGGGAAGAUGUUUGAGAGGAUCAAUGGAUGUGAAGUCAGCACAUUACUUGCUGCAUCUUUUUCUAUGUCUGCCAUAAAAGGAUGCUUCUCUAUGGGAAAUACAUCAGAUGGCUUUAAUUUUAACAUAGGACUAUAGCAUUCUUGAGUCAGGCAUUUUAUAGAGUGGGAUUCCACUUUGUCUACCUAAGUUAACCAAAAGGGUCAGCCGCUGACAUUUGGAAUGAAAAUGUUCUGGCUUAGUACACUACUGAGAAGAAAUACAAGUUCUGUAACUUACGUGAUUUUUGUUUGUUUUAAAAACCAGUGUACUCCGAUUAGUUCAUUUGCAAUGUCCAUUGUGAUCACUGUUUACUGGCUAAGAUGACAUAGCUUGCAUAUAAACCUGCAGUGGUGACGUCUGGGGCAGGAAAAUCACCAGUUCCACUGCUCUACCAAAUCCAUCUCUUUGAGCAUGGUAGAGAACUCUUGGUUGGGAAUGGCCUAAUUUUUUGUAUUUUUUUUCAAGGUCCAACUGCUUCUCACAAACACAUUUUAAUUUUGCUCACAUUUUUAAGCUGCAGAUUUGGGCAGUGGAAUAACUUGAGUUUUCCCUUGCCAUUGUGCUGUGUAUAUAUAGCUUUUAAAUGUUAAUUCCAUAAAGGGGAGGCACUCCCAUAUUUUAAAGAACAUACACGUUGCUGCAGUACAGAACUGCUUGGCAGAGGUAUAAAACCAGAGUUAAAUUCUUGGGUGUGGGGUUGUUUUUGUUCGGAUGGCUUUCCUUGCCCUGGGGUGAAAAGCUUUCGGGCACAGUCCACUGGGACAUUCCCCUGGGCAGGGCCGAUUGAAAUUAAUGGCAGCUGCUCAAGAGCACAGUAGCUCUGCUUUGUUUCCGUGGGACUUUUCUCCGAGGACAUCCAGGUGGACUACACCCUGGGUAAAGGUCAGUGCUUAGGGUUGAUGCGUGGGAAUGGAUUCAAAAUAAGCAAGUCAAAAACAUGUUUACACUGCUUCUUAAUCAUCACUUUUUUAGAGUAUGGUGUGUACUUCCUCCGCAGGAAUAGGUGUAUGUCUUGAGGGGAGAGAACCGGCACACUUACCCUUCUUUGUUACAGAUGUUUUAUUUAAUAAUACUUUUCCUGGAGAAAUUGUAAUUUAUUUUUGACAAGAUACAAGUUGCUUCUUCUUGCUCUCUCUCUCCCUCCCCCGCAUAACUACUAACUUCAGGACUAUUAGAAAUGUUCAAGGGAUGAAUGCAAAGGUAGCUGUGUAUAGAGAAGCAUACUGCAGUGUGCAGUAAUGCUGCAUAGGAUAGCCAGGCGUGGCUUAGCAAGUCAGAAGAAGGGGAGCAAGAGUACAGAUGCACUCCUCAGCUGUUGUUGGAUGUAAUGAUGGCUUGCUCUUCCAGAUUUGCUAGAAACAUAGUUUGAGGGCUGGGGUCCUUGGGUGUCCCAUUGGAAUUCAUUGCGAGUGUCCUCUUUGGAGAAAGUCCAAUAUAAAUUGUGGUACUCCUGUUUGCAGUACACAAUUUCUAAUUUGUAUGUAUUGGGCUAAUGCAAGUCAAUGUGUACUACUUGCUAGGUAUGUGCUGUAGCUGCUUGUAAAUAGCAUCAUGAAUGUCCAUCUCCAUACAGUAUUUUUGUCCAGCAGUUAUCUAUCUUAUUUAUGCAGAGUUUGAACUGCUUGAUUUUAUUUAAUGCAACACUGAGCUAGCAAUAAGUGGUUUGUUCAGUGUUUCAUUUUGGUGAAUGUAAUGGACAUUCUGUCUUUCAAAACAAAAACCAUUUUGUACUAUUACAAAACUGUGUACAUUUGGUACAGAUACUUUUUCAGUUUCAGUAAAACAAUGCAAAACAA